AUGCACGAGAGGGCACUUUCUGCCAAAAAUAGUAUCUGCCAAACGCUGGUGGUGGUGGUGGUGAUGGCCGUGGUGUGGGGGACCAUGGCCGACCCUGACCCUGAGGCAGGAGGCGGCUAUGGUCGUGGUGGAUUCGGUGGUGGCGGAUUCGGCGGUAGAGGAUUCGGUGGGGGAGGAUUCGGUGGUGGUGGAUUUGGUGGUGGUGGAAGAUUCGGGGGAGGAUUCGGCGGUGGAAAAUUUGCCGGUGGAGGAUUCGGUGGGGGAAAAUUCGGUAGCAGCGGCACAGUUCACGCUUGUCAGGUUCUGGUUCUGGCCGUGUUGGGCCGGGCGGCCGCCGACACCAAGGUCGCCUUUCCCUACCAUCUUCCUCUGCUGACAUCUGCCUCAGUCGCCCAGCCUGUUGCUUCUGGCAUCUACGGCCAUCCUACCAUCACCCAAUACGCUGCUCCAGUUCCUGUCUGUACCUGCUACCCAGUACGCCAUCCCUGCUGCCCGGUACGCCUUCCUGCCGCCCAGUACGCCACCAAUGCCGCCCAGUUCGAAAUUUCUAACGCCCAGUAUGCCAUUCCUGCCGCCCAGUACGCCUUUCCUGCCACCCGAUACGCCAUCCCUGCCACCCAGUACGUCCUGCCUGCCGACGAGCGGUCAGUGAUGGAUGCCCCAGCAAUCGUAGCUAGAACUUCCAUGGUCGCUCCCUCCGUCAUCAAUAUCGACGACGACGAUGAUAUAGAAGUCACAGCGUAUGGGAUUAUACGCACCGACAACGACUUGGAUUUGGAUUCCACGCGUUACAGAAGCCUCGACGACGACGACCACUUCGAGAUUGAAAAUGAUGAUGACCGGAAGUAA